AUGGCCAUGAUGAUGAGCACGAUGGUUGCACUUAAUUUCACAUCUGAUGUGGAAAAAAAUAUGGCUCAUGAUCAUGCACAGGUUGUUUCUAUAACACUAUUUGUCGCUGUUCUUUGCCUACGUUUACUCAUUGGUCACUUGCUUGAAGAAAGUCGAUGGGUUAAUGAAUCGAUUGUCGUCAUUUUUGUUAGAUGCAUUGCUGGACUGGUUAUAUUGUUAAUAACUAAGGGAAAAAGUUCUCGAAUCCUUACAUUUAAUGAAGAAGUAUUCUUCAUAUAUCUCCUUCCUCCUAUAAUAUUCAAUGCAGGAUUUCAGGUGACGAAGAAACAGUUCUUCCAUAACUUUUUGACCAUCAUGAUGUUUGGAGUGGUUGGUGUUUUCAUUUUAACAUCUAUUAUUAUCGGUGGCAGUUGGUGGCUGUUUCCCAAGUUGGGUUUCUCUUACGUGACGGCGCGAGAUUAUCUUGCUUUAGGAGUAAUUUUCUCCUCAACCGACACUGUAUGUACGCUACAGGUUCUUAAUCAAGAAGCUACUCCUUUACUAUACAGCUUAGUCUUUGGGGAAGGAGUGGUAAAUGAUGUAACAUCAGUUGUACUCUUCAAUGCAGUCCAACAGCUUGAUGUUUCAAGACUUAACGGAAAGGCACUUCGUGUUAUUGGUGAUUUCUUGUAUUUAUUCGCAGCAAGCACUACGCUUGGAGUCAUAGCUGGACUUGUCACUGCAUAUAUCUUGAAAGCGUUAAGCUUUGGAAAACAUUCAAGUGUUCGUGAAAUUUCAAUGAUGAUGUUAAUGGCAUAUCUAUCCUACAUGGUGGCAGAGGUAUUGGAUGCUCACUAUUUUGUCUUUUGUUGA